AUGGUGUCCCAGCCAAUCGGAUCGCAGUCGGGCCACAUUUCGCGGGAGGAGCGCGAGCAGGCGAUAGGCGCGGUGAUGCGCCACGUGCUAUUCAAGCACAGCAGCCACCCGGGUGUGCCUAUAUCGAGGGAGGAGCUCAAUAAAGUCAUCUCCGCGCAGCUGGCCGGGAGGCGCGUGACGGGGCUGCCGGGUGUGAUUAUAAAGGAGGCUCAGGCGCGGUUCCCGGCGGCGCUGGGAUUCGAUAUGAGGGAGCUUGAAAGAGGGACACGGGGAAGAGGGGCAGGCGGAGGGGGAGGGGGACAUGACGGGGAUGAGGCAGGGGGAAGGGGAGGAGAGGACGGGGGGGACGGGGGGGACGGGGGAGGAGGUAGGGGAGGAGGGGGAGGGGGAGGGGCGAAGGAGUAUGUGUUACAGAGCCGGUUACCAGCGGCGGUGCUGUCGCGAUUCGUGGACACCCCAGAGCAGGCAGCAGGCAGUGCGUUCACCACUGUGGUGUGUGCGUUGAUCAAAGGCGCUGGAGGGAGCAUCCCCGCAGAGAAGCUGUGGGCGCUGCUGGGAGCAAUGGGGGUGCGGCGGUGGGAGGAGAGGCACCCCCAGUUUGGGAACGUGGAGGAGAGCCUAAAGCGCAUGGAGAAACAGAGAUAUGUGAUUCUGGUGAAAGGGGCACGCGGGGCGGGUGGGGAGGAGGAGUGGGCGUAUGAGCUGGGAGAGCAUGCCCGGCAGGGCAUCGGGGUUUCUCGUUACUACUCACCGAUUCAGGAAGGUGACGUGAACGCGCCAUGGCGAUCACCGGUGACGGUGGCAAGUGUGGCACGGUGCAACCGAUCUUCAGACCCAAGCCUUCAAGCGGCAUGCCGCGACGAACAAGCACCAGUUGGCCAUCAAUCACCAGAAGCAGAUGCUAGCUCAGGCUGGGAUGCGCGGCUGUCGGACCUCAUGUGCAUGGCAUUGCUGCCGUACGAGCCCGACUGGGCGGAGGUGGUGAAGAUCUGGAGGGCGUACAAGAAGCGCAAGCCCAUCACAACAGUGGCAGCACCAAAGAAGCAACCUAGUGCUAAGGGGAAAGAGAAGGUGGACGAGGAUGCUGCUGGUGGUGCUGGCUCUGGGUGGGGGACAGAGACCCCCGUGCACAGGCACGGUUCUAUGAGCGAUGGUGGUGGUAGUGACGAAGAUGAAGACAUGUGUGUGAUGUGA